AUGUUAAAAAUAAGUUGGACUUAGGUAUUAUUUUCAAAAAUCCCAAAUUUAAAAACCCUUUACUAAGCGUGUUAAACACAUUUUAUAACAGCGGAGAGCCUUAUUUGCUUAAUCUUUACAAAUAAAAUUCCUAUUUCAUAUCGAGUUGGCACCAAAAAAGUACUUAUGAUUUAAGCUAAUUAGAUAGAUUAUCAGCAGAUUAAAUAAGGAAUUCAAGUUAUAUUGACUUUAUAUGGAAAGCUAAUUUGUAAUUGA